AUGGUGGACUGUCAAAUUGAUGGAUACCCAGAUCUCGUACCAAAGGAUGCCAAUAUGGGAUGUGUGAUCCCAACAUUGUACGUUGGAAAAACUUUUGGAAGUUUUGAACAAGCUUUUUAUGAAUACAGUAUUUAUGCAAGGAAGCAGGGAUUCUCUGUUAGAAAACAAAGGUGUGAAAAAAAAAAAACUAAGGAUCAUGAAGUAUAUCGACGAGACUUUGUUUGCCAUCGAUCGGGCAAUGGGAGUAAAAAAUGUGAAGUUAUUGAAAACAAUGAAGAAUCAGGUGAUGGUUUUAAGAAAAGACGGAGAAAAUACUGGUCUUGUCAUUGUAAUUGCAAAGCACACAUGAGUGUUUGGUUGUCUAAAAAUGGGGAUGUGAUGUUCUGGGAAGUUCGUAGUUUUGCAGAUGACCACAACCACAAAUUAUUGGAUCCAAACGAGGUCUGUCAUUUGAGAGCAUAUCGGCAUAUUUCUGGCCACUAUAGGCGACGUAUCUUGACACUUGAAAAAUCUAGGGUACUAGUUCCCCAAAUACUUAGGAUAUUGGAAACAGAGCAACAAGUUGAGGUUGGCUGUCUUCCAUUCAACGUGAAGGAUAUAUACAACUUCCUUAGCUCACAAAAAUUAUUUAUGAGGGAAAAUGAUGCGGCCAAUCUUGUCUUCAAAUGCAAACAUUUGAAAUCCUUAGAUUUAGAGUUUCAAUAUGAGUAUCAAGUUGACGACGAUAACUGUUUUGAGUACAUUACAUGGUGUCACAGCAAUUCUGUUCGUGGUUAUCAGCUCUAUGGUGAUGUUGUUUUUGACACAACUUACAAGUUAAAUGCAUAUGACAUGCCUGUAGGUAUAUGGGUUGGUGUGAAUAACCAUGGAUGUUCUGUUUUUCUUGGGUGUUGUUUACUAAGGGAUGAGAGACAAAUGUCCUUUGAGUGGGCAUUCAAAGUAUUAGUCUAA